UUUGGGGAGGAACUCCAGGUUUUUCAUUUUCAAAGAAACUCUCAAUGUGUGAGGCAUUGGCAGAAUGGAGGACGAAAAGGAAAACCUCUUUUUUGAGCCACAUAAGAAGGUGCUGCUGAGAACACCUCUGAAAGAAUCUACAACCCUGAACACAGGGUUGGCAGAGAUCCAGCCUGACUUGGGCCCUUUAACCACCCCCACCAAGCCCACAGAAGUAUCCCCCGGGGAGCCGUGGACACCAACAGCAAACCUCAAAAUGCUCUUCAGUGCUGUGAGCCCCGAGAUUCGCAACAGAGAUCAGAAACGGGGGCUGUGUGAUGACCGAAGUGAGCGGCCUGGAGCCAAAGACUGCUUGCAUGAACACUUCUCUGGAGAUGAAUUUGAGAAAUCCCAACCGAGUCGGAAAGAGAAAAGCUUAGGACUGUUGUGUCAUAAGUUCUUAGCGCGGUAUCCUAACUACCCCAACCCUGCGGUGAAUAAUGACAUCUGCCUGGACGAGGUAGCAGAGGAGCUUAAUGUGGAGCGCCGGCGGAUUUACGACAUUGUGAAUGUCCUGGAGAGUUUACACAUGGUGAGCCGCCUGGCCAAGAACAGGUACACCUGGCACGGGCGGCACAACCUCAACAGAACGCUUGGGACUUUGAAGAGCGUCGGGGAGGAGAACAAGUACGCCGAGCAGAUCAUGCUGAUCAAAAAGAAAGACUACGAACAGGAGUUUGAUUUCAUUAAGAGCUACCGUCUGGAGGAUCACUUCAUCAAGUCAAACACCGGCCCAAACGGACACGCAGACGUGUGCUUUGUCGAAAUCCCCGGAGUGGAAUUUCGGGCAGCUUCUGUAAACAGCCGCAAAGAGAAGUCCCUACGGGUGAUGAGCCAGAAAUUUGUGAUGCUGUUUUUGGUGUCGACGCCUCAGAUCGUAAGCCUGGAAAUUGCUGCCAAGAUCUUAAUUGGGGAAGACCACGUGGAAGAUCUGGAUAAAAGCAAAUUUAAAACAAAAAUUAGGAGGUUGUAUGACAUAGCGAACGUUCUAAGUAGCCUGGAUCUUAUCAAGAAAGUCCAUGUAACAGAGGAGAGGGGCCGGAAGCCAGCUUUCAAAUGGACAGGCCCAGAAAUCAGCCCACAUCCCAGUGAUUCCAGCCCCGUCGCUCCCUUUGCCCCCUCAGAUUUGGAGGUGAGGCGCCCCUCAAAAGAGAACUGUGCCAAAAACCUCUUCUCUACACGCGGGAAACCGAACUUCACUCGGCACCCAUCUCUUAUCAAGCUAGUUAAGACGAUCGAAAGUGACCGGAGAAAGAUCAACUCUGCUCCCAGUAGCCCCAUCAAGACCAACAAAGCCGAGAGUUCCCAGAAUGCAGCAUCCUUCCCAAAUAAAAUGGCUCAGCUGGCAGCGAUUUGCAAAAUGCAGUUAGAAGAGCAACCCAGUGAACCCCAAAAGAGAGCGAAAGUGCAUGUGGCGAGGUCAGAGCACCGCAAACCAGUGGCCCCUCUGGACAGUCCAGCAACUGCUGAGCUGGAGCGAACGGCACCAUCUCUCCUCCAGCCCCUGGGGGUGGUGCCCCUGAUCCCCAGCACACUGUCACCCGCAAUGCCUGUGAUCCUACCGCAGGUCCCUCCGGGCCCCUCCUACGCCAUCUACCUGCAGCCCACCCAAGCUCAAACCAUGACGGCGCUGCCCCAAGGCCGGAGCCCAACGGUUUGCCCCACCCCCUCUUCACAAGCUACCGCCUCAAAAGAUCCCACUGGUGCAGGCUCAGGCCCAGAGAAAGGGACCCAGGAUGCCGAAGAUCCAAGUGCCUUAACCCAACCUGGGGGCUUGCUGCCAGCGGCAGAGAGAGCCGCUUCAAAGAGCAGUGACAAGGAGCCUGCCGGGGACACAGGCUCAAAGAGAGCCCUUGUGCUUGAGGACCGGGGUUCCAAGAAGAAGUUUAAGGAGGACCUGAACGGACUUGAAAAUGUCUCCACGACCUUGUUCCCAUCAGGAUACCUGAUCCCUCUUACCCAGUGCUCAUCCCUGGGGGCGGAGUCCAUUUUGUUGAGUAAAGAAAACUCAGGUACCCUUUCCCCAAACCACGGGGUCUACAGCUCCCCGAUGGCAGGUGUUAUUCCAGUGACAUCUUCUGAACUCACUGCUGUCAAUUUUCCCUCUUUCCAUGUCACCCCCGUGAAGCUCAUGGUCUCAGCAGCUUCUGUGGCAGCUGUACCUGUCGGCAACAGCCCGGCUCGCUCCUCGAGCCACCCCGUCCCCGCCCAGCACCCGAGCUCAGCCAUUGUCAACUUCACCCUGCAACAUUUGGGACUGCUCUCCCCGAGUGUGCAGGGGGCCUCCAGCCCUGCACCCGGGACCGUCCCUGUGUCUCCACGAGGAGAAGCCAUUAAUGUCUUACCUGAAAACACAGGCAGGGCUGCCAGGUAUGACUCGCCCGUCCCAGGCCAGAGCCAACCCAAUGGACAAUCAGUUGCUGUUACAGGGACACAGCAGCCUAUUCCAGUAACACCGAAAGGGUCACAGGUAGUGGCCGAAAGUUUUUUCCGUACCCCAGGUGGACCAACAAAGCCCCUGGGCUCAUCCUGCCUGGAUUUAGAUGGCGCCACGCAGACCUCCCUAGCAACUCUCUUUGUCCCACAGCGAAAACUAGAAGUCUCCACGGAGGACGUCCGCUAAUGGACAGAUGUUGCCUUAAUCUGUAAAGCGUUGUUUAAUAGAGGAGAUGCACCCAGGCUGCCUAGAAGAACACGUUGUCUGAGAGGAAUGUAAACAUGUUGGUAGGUUGGCUUGAUGCCCUAGCAGAUACUUGCUUCCAUGCUAGACACACACGUAUCUGUUUGCAUAAAGCUUGGUUCAGCCUGCGGUCGUGCAAAAUAAAAGGGAAAGGUUGACCUAAGACCUAACAGCUUUUAGGAGGGAAAAAAAAAAUUCAUGAUUUCAACUGUGCCUACGCGAUGAUGCAACACAAAGCCAGCGUAUUAAAGUUUACUUCCCCUUGAGGAAAAGACUCAUGACUUGUGUCAGCAGCACAGCAUUCUCUGACAACUUUGCACAAAGAAAAUGCUGUGUUUUGUAUAAUGUUGUAUUUUUUUUUAAAGGAAGGCUGUAGCUAUCUAUAUUUGUAAUUUCUCUAAUCCAUUGUUGCUGCAGUCUUGUCUCUUUGUAAAGUUGGCAACGGCCCUCAAUCAAGUCUAUGGAAAAGAUUAUUUAUAAAAUGUAUUUUUAAUCAUAAAUUGUUCAAAUUAAACCUUUUAUAAGACGCA